GGCGAGCUCCAAUGUGUUCAGCAUGUUUGAGCAGGCGCAGAUCCAGGAGUUCAAGGAGGCUUUCACAAUCAUGGACCAGAACAGAGACGGCUUCAUCGACAAGGGUGACCUGAGAGACACGUACGCUGCUCUGGGUCGCCUCAAUGUUGGGAACGAUGAGCUGGACGAGAUGAUGAAGGAGGCCCCUGGCCCCAUCAACUUCACCAUCUUCCUGGCGAUGUUCGGAGAGAAGCUGAAAGGAACUGACCCCGAGGAGACCAUCCUCAAUGCGUUCAAGAUCUUUGAUCCUGAGGGAACAGGAGUCAUAAGAGGAGAGGACAUCAAAUACCAUCUGAUGUCUCAAGCAGACAAGUUCACUGAGGACGAGGUAAACCAAAUGUUCACCAACUUCCCCCUGGAUGUCGCUGGAAACCUCGAUUACAAGAACCUAUGUUAUGUUAUCACCCAUGGAGAGGACAAGGAGCAGGAGUAAAGCGGCCAAUCACAA